AAAUACAUUGCAAAACAAUAUUAAAUGAUAUUCAUUGUUUCUGUUAGUACUUAUAAUUGUGACUAGCAACACAGAAAGUUCAACAAUUUGGUCCGAAGUACAUUGCCGGCCAAGGUCGAUGGAAACUGAAUUACGACAUUAGGUUAUUGAUAAACAAAUGUGACUUAACAAUAAAAAACAAUUAUGUAAGAUUGUAUAGUUUGAAAUAACAAGGCAAAGAUCACUGACGUGUUAAUCUGUUUAUAGAGGAUUAUUUUAUUAUAGACACGCAUUGUAAUUACGGCUUGCAGGUGCAAAACACUCGAUGAAUGAAUUUCAAAAUAAAUAAAUAAAUAAAACCCGAUGUAAGUUUAUUAUAAAGUGCAGCUAACUCGAAAGAAAGUAAUAAGUAAGAUUUUUUCAGUGUCACAAUGUCGCGGCUAAUCCUUCACCGAGCUAUAGCGAGUCCGCCGGCGCGGUCCGUCAUGAUGCUCGCCGACAUACUCAGCCUAGAUAUGGAGAUUAAAGACGUGAACCUAUACAAAAUGGAGCACAUGACACCGGAGUUUAAAAAGUUAAAUCCAAUGCGAACAGUACCUGUUCUGCAAGAUGGAGACUACACUUUAUGUGAAAGUCACUCAAUUCUGAAGUACCUGUUGGAAAAGUACGGCGGGGAGCAUCGCGAACGCCUGUAUCCAAGCGACCUGCGCACGCGCAGUAUCGUCGACCAGUGCAUGUUUUUCAACGCAGGCAUGUUCUUCGUCCCCAUCAGGAGUUUGGCAUUCUUAACCUUCACGGGGCAGCUGUCAGGGCUGACGCCUGAGCACCAGGCGGAGAUAGAGAAGUUGUACGGCGUGGUGGAAGACUACCUCGCUGAUCGGAAGUACAUCGCAACCGAUCGGCUCACGCUGGCGGACCUUUCCGCCGGCUCCACUGCUACUGCCGUGCAGGCUUUACACAGAACUGAUCCUGAUAAAUUCCCCCUCUGCUACGAUUGGAUAAAACGGCUAGAACAAGAGCCGUUCUUCGAGAAAGUCAACGCUCCCGGAGUCGCAUACUUUACUAAAAUGGUCCAUAACCUGUGGGAGAAAAAUAAAAAAUCUAAAUCGGUCGAUAUGUCAGGCCUGGUGUUGUACAAGGUGGACGCGAGCCCGCCAGCAUGUGCGGUGCGGGCGCUCGGCGAUAUGCUCGGAUUGGCUUUCGAUUACGAAAAUCCCGACCUAUUGAACUUGGAACACAAAUCUGCUGAAUUUAUGAAGAUGAAUCCCAUGGGCACGAUACCUGUGUUGAAAGAUGAAGACUUUGUUGUAUCAGAGAGUAACGCUAUAAUGAAGUACCUGCUCGAAAAAUACGGCGGGGAGCAUCGCGAGCGGCUUUAUCCGAGCGACCUGCGCACGCGCGCGAUCGUCGACCAGUGCAUGUUCUUCAACGCGGGCGUCUUCUUCAUCAGGCUUAAAGUUGUUGUUCUUCCAACAAUACUCGAAGGUCUCAAAGAACCCUCGCCGAGGCAGCUGCAAGACGUAGACACCGCGUUCGGCGUAGUGGAGGCGUACCUUGAGAACAACAAGUACAUCGCCUGCGAUCACCUGACGUUGGCAGACCUCGCGGUGGGAAGCACCGCCGCGACUAUACAGUGUUUCCGAAAACUAGACGCAGAGAGAUUCCCGCGCACUGCAAAAUGGCUUGACUUGUUAUAUGAAGAGCCUGCGUUCAAGAAGUACAUUGAACCUGCCACCAAACAACUCAUCGAAAUAAUGCAGGCCAUGCAAGAGAAAAAUAGGGCUUUAUAAAUAAAUGAUUCUUUAUAUUAAACGUGA